AUGGACCCCGCGACCUUCAUUGUCGGUCCAUACAACUCCACUGCCCCAAUCCCUGUAGGCAUAACAAGACUACGUUUCUUUAACCUCGUUAUCUUCGCACAAUGGAUGCUCCAGCUUCUCUCCAAGCCCGAGGCGCAAUACCAGGCUAUAUUAGGUCCUAUCAGGCACGCGCUUUUACAGAACUGGCUUGAACCUAGUACCUCACUCCAGCAGCUUCGAGCCGCCAUCGGUUUCAUCCGUUAUAUGCCGAACCUUCAAGAUUUCGCUUUUGCAAACCUCCAUCCGGACCCACGGCUGGUAGUCUAUCACCGCGUUUACAGUACAUUCACGCGGAAUCUUCACCACUUCGUCCUUCAUGCCGCAAAUGAAUACCUCCUCCAAUGUGUGAUCGAUGGCCGAGAACCGCCGUUACGGUUUAAGGCUAACUUUGGCGGCAUGUAUUCGCGUAAUUCUGGAUUUCACCCUCAUUUUGCUGCUCUUUGUGCGGAGUCUCUGGACACGGCAUUUGAGCGUGAUCUCAUUUGCGCCACUCUUCAAAUAUCCAUUGCCUGGAGACGCCGACAUGGAAACAUGACUAGAACAACAUUAAAUGGGCGGAGAGCAGCAUUGGAUACGCGCUCCCAGCAAAUUGAGGAUCGCAUCAGGGACUUCGACCCAAACAGUGAAAAUCAGGAGCCAAUGUCAAGCCAAAGGAAUAUUUUCGAGCGUGAGGGAUAG